GUGGGUUCAGUUGGGUUGAUGGAUACAUAGAUAGAUACAUACAGGCGGGAAAACGAAACGGCGAUGAAAACCCUAAUCUUAAAAGACGAUUGAGUGAGUACAGUACAAGGCCACCGCUAAUUCAAAAAAUCGCUUGCUUAAACCCUAGACAACAAGAGGCCCCCAAUUUUCCGACCUAAAUCUGAAAAAAAGAUUUUUUGAGCCAUCAUCGUUUGCCCUAAAUCUGAUUGGGGAAUUGUGUUCUACCUUGCAGCAUUAUAACAUGAAGAAUCAAAACCCAAGAAGAAGUCAAAGCCUAAAUUCUGACAUCAUCAGCACCCUUCCUCUAAACAUUAUUGAAGAUAUUCUUACUCGUAUGCCUAUCCGAGAUGCACUGAGAACCAGCGUUUUGUCAAAGAGAUGGCGGUAUACUUGGCGGGGCAUGCCUAAACUUACAUUUAAAGACGAUAUGAUUGCAAUGUCAUCUGAUAUUUAUUACAUGUUGAGGAAGUGUAAGCUUGUCCAUGCCAUCUUCCAUGUUUUAUUAUUACACAACGGUCCGGAGACACUAGUAUUCAAGUGUUCAGUUUUUCAUCUUCAUAUGGAGUCUGACAUUGCCCUAAUAAUAAGUUAUCUUGCAAGGAGAACCAAAGUGAAAAAACUCUUCUUUUCUAGUGAUGAUAGAUCCUACAAGCUACCCGUUUCUUUCUUUUCGUUGCAAGGAUUAGAAUUUGUAUAUCUCUAUAAUUGUACUUUCGAACCACCAUUGACGUUUAACGGAUUUAGUUCGCUCACGAGCAUUCGUAUUUGGAAUGUUGAUGUUUCUGCUCAAAUGCUUCAACAGUUCCUCUCCAAGUGUCCGCAGCUUGUGAAUCUCCGUUUGGUUGGAUGUCAAAAAGUUCUUGACUUUGUAGCAGGAGAAAACAAGUUUACAUUUGGUGAUCUUUUACAGUGUGUGCCUUUGAUUCAGACUUUGGACAUCUCAAAAUAUUAUAUGAAGUACUUGUGUGCAGGUGGCAUGCCACAUAAGCUUCCCACUUCACUUGUCCAUCUCAAAAAUCUGUUUUUGAAUGUGUGUUUGGUGGAACAAAACGAGAUUUCUUCUGCCCUUUGUAUCAUCAGGAGCUCCCCUGUGUUAGAGAGAAUUAAUUUUCUGAUGUCUGAUAAUGAGAAGUUGCCUGUUCAACAAACUCCCACCAACUUCCUUGAUCCAGAAGACUAUCCAGAUUUGAAGUUGGAUUAUCUUGUGAAAUUGGAGAUAGAAAACUUUAGUAAGUUGCCUCUUGAGAUGAAAUUUGUGAAACUCAUCAUGGCCAAGUCACCUUUGCUAAAGAAAGUGAAAAUUGAGCUAAAUGACAAUAUUUCCGUUGAUGAAGAAAUGAAGAUGCUUAAAGAUAUGCUACGGCUCCCAUUUCUGCGGGCAUCACCUUGUGCUGAACUGGUCAUUGAUCGUCCACUGGGUUUUAAAAAAUGGCGCCUGAGGCGCGUCUAGGCGCCAGGCGCAGGCUUCAGCGCCUCAGGGCAUUUGAGGCGCUCUUUUCACAAAGCGCAAGAAAAAUCGCUUUUUUGGGGUUUUUGAGUUCUGAGGCACUCGCCUUUAUUUAUUUUGGGUAUUUUUAUGUUGUUUUUAUGCAUGAAAGUGUUGAACAAUAGGUUUUUUGGCUUGUACAUGUAGGUAAUAUGAUAUAUAAACCUUAUUUAUAACUGUAUUUUGGAUAA